AUGAGGGUCCAGCGGCUCAUGGGCAGGAGGACGGGGGAGACGUUGGCGGAGGCUCAGGGAGGGGUUGACGUCGAGGUGGGGACUGGUGGAGGGUUGGGAGGUGUGGGAGUGCAGGUGGGGACAGGUGUAGGGGCUGGUGGUGUUGGCAGGGGAGUGGGGAUAGGAGGAGGGGUUGGUGGUGUGGGCGUCCAGGUGGGGACUAGUGGAGGGGUGGGAGGUGUGGGCGUGCAGGUGGGGACAGGUGUAGGGGCUGGUGGUGUUGGCAGGGGAGUGGGGAUUGGAGGAGGGGUUGGUGGUGUGGGCGUCCAGGUGGGGACUGGUGGAGGGGUGGGAGGUGUGGGCGUGCAGGUGGGGACAGGUGUAGGGGCUGGUGGUGUUGGCAGGGGAGUGGGGAUUGGAGGAGGGGUUGGUGGUGUGGGCAUGGGAGUGGGGACUGGUGGAGGGGUUGGUGCUUUGGGUAUGGGCGUGGGGAUUGGAGGAGGGGUUGGUGGUGUGGGCAUCCAGAUGGGGACUGGUGGAGGGGUGGGAGGUUUGGGCGUGCAGGUGGGAACUGGUGUAGGGGUUGGUGGAGUGGGCAGGGGAGUGGGGAUUGGAGGAGGGGUUGGUAGUGUGGGCUGGGGAUUGGGAACUGGUGGAGGAAUGGCUCGAGAGGCAGGAAUGCCAGGGUUCAAUAUGGGAUGGGGGCCGGGAAUAGGAAGAGGGGGUGUGUUUCGGUACGCAAAUGUAGGCAUGGGUGCGGGGAGCUACAACGGGGAUUUGGGCACUGAAUUGGGCCUCAACACUGGUGGACAGAAUGUUGGGGUGGUGGUGGGGACCACGGACGCCAACGGACGAAGAGGGUCUGCUGCGGCACAAGAAAUUGUAGAGUAUCCUGUAGACGCGGAUGAGCGAGAUGGGGUCGGCGUGUCUGGUGGUGUGGGCGGGGGCUUCGGGACGAGCGUAUCACCAGCGCCCACGCGCUCAGGUGCGGUGUUCAACCUGGCUGCGAUACAGCAGAGGGCACGCCAACCGUACAGCGCGGAGACGAUCAACACCGGAGUCAACGAUGAAGCACCGCGCAGGCGUCGACGCGAUUGGCGAUCGUCUGCCUUUGAUGAGGACGGAGGAGAUGUUUUGAAUGCUGGUCUCUCGCAAGUUUUGUCACUGCAAUGGCCAAAUACCGGAUCUGGUGGAGAUGCUCAACAUGUGGGCACUGAUGAGCCAGGUUUUGAGGGCGAGGAUGACCCGGAACCGGAGGGUGCAGAUGGUGGUGAUGGGGAGGAGGGAGGCAUUAGCGUUCAAACGGGAUUCCAUCGCAAUCGGAUGGGAUCUAGGCGUGGUGCUGGGCGCGGGGGUCGGAUUGGUGUGGGGCGUGGUGCUGGGUUUGCUGCUGGCACAGCUGGAGGCAGUGGCGAGGUGGAUGGGGCUGGGUUUGGUGCCGGUUUUGUGUCGGGGAUAGGAGCUGGUAGGGGUGCAGGGGCUGGUGUCAGACUGCGCAUGGGGAACCAACAACGGAGCGUGGAAGAUCGACCUUCCAACGACGACAUCGUCCUCUCUCAGAAUAACCAGCCCACGUCGACCAACCGGUCCCCACGGAAGAAGUCGGUGGCGCUGAAGCAGCUCAAAAGGGAGCUGGAGUAUACAGCAGGGCAGGAGGGGCAGUGGGUGAGCAAGGCCUAUCCUGGCCUGUGUGAGCGCUUGCUCUCCAACUCUCAGACGCUGGUUGGGUUCUUCCUGCUGCACUACCCGCAGCUGUGGCGCACGCACUUUCGCCUCCCAUCCGGCACCCAACCCCACCUGUCCUGUACCCCUUCUCCUUUCUCACUCAUCGUCACCAUGCCCUCCCACCCUUGUUUCUCAGGUUGGGUUCUUCCUGCUGCACUACCCGCAGCUGUGGCGCUCGCACUUUACCAAACUGGUCACCCUGUACCAAGCAGGGCUGCUCAAGGUGGGUUGGCGAGGGCAGUAGCGGGGUUGAUGGGGGCUGAUUUUCUUUCCGCCAAGCUGUCUACCUUCUGA